AUGGGAGUUGCUCCUUCUUUGUCUGCCGAGAUCAAGCGCCUCGUCAACGCGAACAAUAAGAAUGUCAAUAGCAUGCAGAAGAUCCAGGAUAUUCUACCCAAGUGUCCACCCGAACUACCCAAAACCCGUGAUCUGCCUUAUAAGAACGCUGCUGAGAAGUAG